ACCACAGUAAAUCAGCCUAACUGUACUGUUGUAGCCGACAACAUUUCAUGUCAUACAAAGAAACAAUAGCUUCAACAAUGGAUCCGGACAAAUCUAGCCCGUCCCCCGCCACCCUCCAGGAGUCCCCAGGUCGACCGCCUCCCGGUACUUUACUGCUGGGUCUGGUCGACUGCAGGAAAACACCGGGGCAGAGUGGAACUGAGAGAGGAGAAGAGGAACAUGGAGAUUUGAUUUCAUUAAGGGACAGCCCUAAUCGUUGCUCUCUCAGUGGGAGGGGCUUUUCAUCUGGGAAACCUCAACAACAUCAUGAUGCUGACAAGAAAGAGAAGAGUCUCUCCAGAUCAGAACACCUCAAGAAACACCAGCAGAGACGUAUAGGGAAGAAACCUCACCACUGCUGUUCUGACUGUGGGAAGAGUUUUGCUAAUCAUAAGGAAUUUAUCAUUCACAAGCAGAUUCACAAUGGAGAGAAACCUUACCACUGCUCUCGGUGUGGGAAGAGUUUAGCUGCAUCUAAAACCUUAAAAUAUCAUCAGAGAAUUCAUACAGGAGAGAGGCCUUACAACUGCUUUGAUUGUGGGAAAUACUUCAAUCAAUCAGGAGCCCAUACUACACACAAACAUCUACACACAGGAGACAAACCUUAUAGCUGUGAUCAGUGUGGGAAGAGCUUCAAUCAAUCAGGAGACCUGACUAGACACCAACGCAUACACACAGGAGAGAAGCCUUAUUGCUGUGAUCAGUGUGGGAAGAGCUUCAAUCGUUCAGGAUCCCUGACUACACACCAACGCAUACACACAGGAGAGAAGCCUUAUAGCUGUGAUCAGUGUGGGAAGAGCUUCAAUCAAUCAGUACAGCUGACUAGACACCAACGCAUACACACAGGAGAGAAGCCUUAUAGCUGUGAUCAGUGUGGGAAGAGCUUCAAUCAAUCAGCACACCUGACUACACACCAACGCAUACACACAGGAGAGAAGCCUUAUAGCUGUGAUCAAUGUGGGAAGAGCUUCAGUCGAUCAGGAGACCUGACUACACACCAACACAUACACACAGGAGAGAAGCCUUAUAGCUGUGAUCAGUGUGGGAAGAGCUUCAGUCGAUCAGGACACCUGACUACACACCAACGCAUACACACAGGAGAGAAGCCAUAUAGCUGUGAUCAGUGUGGGAAGAGCUUCAGUCGAUCAGGACACCUGACUACACACCAACGCAUACACACAGGAGAGAAGCCAUAUAGCUGUGAUCAGUGUGGGAAGAGUUUUGCUCAAGAUUUCGCCCUGACUACACACCAGCGAAUACACAGAGGGGAGAAGCCUUAUAGCUGUGAUCAGUGUGGGAAGAAUUUCAGGACGUCAGGACACCUGACUACACACCAACGCAUACACACAGGAGAGAAGCCUUAUAGCUGUGAUCAGUGUGGGAAGCUUUUCAGGAAGUCAGGAUCCCUGAUUACACACCAACGCAUACACACAGGAGAGAAGCCUUAUAGCUGUGAUGAGUGUGGGAAGAGCUUCAAUCAUUCAGGAUCCCUAAUUACACACCAAGGCAUACACACAGGAGAGAAGCCUUAUAGCUGUGAUCAGUGUGGGAAGCGCUUCAAUCAUUCAGGAUCUGUGAUUACACACCAGCGGAUACACACAGGAGAGAAGCCUUAUAGCUGUUAUCAGUGUGGGAAGAGCUUCAAUCAUUCAGGAUCCCUGACUAAACACCAACGCAUACACACAGGAGAGAAGCCUUAUAGCUGUGAUCAGUGUGGAAAGGGCUUCAAUCAUUCAGGACACCUGACUAUACAUCAACGCAUACAUACAGGAGAGAAGCUUUAUAGCUGUGAUCAGUGUGGGAAGAGCUUCAAUCAAUCAGUAGACCUGACUAGACACCAGCGCAUACACACAGGAGAGAAGCCUUAUAGUUGUGAUCAGUGUGGGAAGAGUUUUGCUCGAGAUUUCACCCUGACUACACACCAGCUCACACACACUGGAGAGAAACCUUACUCCUGUCUAUGUGGAAAGACAUAUACUUAUAAACAAUGCCUGACUAAGCACCAACACAUACACACAGCAGAGAAGCCUUAUAGCUGUGAUCAGUGUGGGAAGAGCUUAAUGGAUUCAGGAAGUCUGACUAGACACCAGCGAAUACACACAGGAGAUAAGCCUUAUAGCUGUGAUCAGUGUGGGAAGAGCUUUGCUCUAUCCAGAAACCUGACUACACACCAGCGAAUACACACAGGAGAGAAGCCUUAUAGCUGUGAUCAGUGUUCGAAGAGCUUCAAUCAUUUAGGAUCCCUAAUUACACACCAACGCAUACACACAGGAGAGAAGCCUUAUAGCUGUGAUCAGUGUGGGAAGGGCUUAAUGGAUUCAGGAAGUCUGACUAGACACCAGCGCAUACACACAGGAGAGAAGCCUUAUAGCUGUGAUCAGUGUGGGAAGAGUUUUGCUCGAGAUUCCACCCUGACUACACACCAACGCAUACACACAGGAGAGAAGCCUUAUAGCUGUGAUCAGUGUGGGAAGAGUUUUGCUCGAGAUUCCACCCUGACUACACACCAGCGAAUACACACAGGAGAGAAGCAUAGUUGUGAUCAGUGUGGGAAGAGCUUCAAUCAAUCAGGAAGUCUGUCUACACACCAGUGCGUAUACACAGGAGAGAAGCCUUAUAGCUGUGAUCAGUGUGGGAAGAGUUUUGCUCGAGAUUUCACCCUGACUACACACCAGCUCACACACACUGGAGAGAAACCUUACUCCUGUCUAUGUGGAAAGAGCUUUGCUCAUUCAGGGUCUCUGAAAAAACACCAGAAAGAACAAACAUGUCAUAUUUUAUCUCCCUCCUCUCCUGCACCGGUUCCAGAUCCCUAAAUAAAGUUUCAAUACAUUACUCUUUACAAUAUAUUUUCUAUCUCCCAUUCUCAAACA